AAAAAUUUGGCACAAAUUGAACAGCGACCGGGAAUUCCGUUACUAUAUGUUUAAAAAUCACAACUGGGUAUUGGAAGGUUAUUACGGUCUUGGUGAGAAGAUUGCUGAUCAAAAGACCCGAGAACUUGACCACAAAGUGUGGGCUGGUGAAGGCAAAUUAUAAAGUGGAGAAGUAAAACUUGGUGAGAUGAGUGUUGCAAUACGUGCCACUUUUUGGGUGGUAACGUUUGGAAGCAUCGGUUUAGCUUUGUUCAAGUUGGUCAAACCUGAUGAUGAACUGCUCAAAAAGUUUGACGAAGGUUCAAAGUAUACUGAUGCCAGAAGGUUAACUAAACAGACAUUAGAAGUACUCAAAGGUGCAGCAAAUCAAGAUUCUGAAAUUAAAAGGCUUAGUAGACGAGAUGCACAACGGUUAGAAAAACUCCAAAAGGCUCAUAAGGCUAGGGAAGAGGUAGAUGCUUGCAACGAAAAUGAAGAAUAUUUUUCUGGGGCUUUCAAAAUCAAAUCAGAGUACAUAGAGGACCUCUUGAAUCAAAUACCAACACUAGAAACAAACACUUUACCUUCACAUUUUGAUAGCAUCAAAAGAGAAGUGAAUGAAUUACAGAAAUAUGUUGUAACAUCAUCAUUCUUCUUAAAAGAAUUCAAUAUGCGCAAAUAUUUGGGAAUUGUACAGAAUUUACAAACAAAAUGUUACGAAUUGGAAGACAGAUAUGUACCGCGUAAAAAAUUUGGAUUCUCAAAGAAAAAAUUACCCAAGUCUCAUGAUCAAAAACAGAAUUCCUUAGAUGAGAGUGAUGGUGCAGCAAAGAAAGAUAGUAAUAAGUGGGAUGAGAAACUUUUUGGAUUUGAUUCCAUAGAAAACAAGGUGUUGUUACUUCAAAAUGACGAUUUAUUCCAAAGGGAUGUAGCCCUGCGUAACCUUAAAAACUGUACCAUAGGACUCAAAGGUGUUAUGGGAACUUUGCAUUUGACUAAUUUAGAAAGCUGUGUUGUUCUUACUGGUCCAGUCACUUCCUCAGUAUUCAUCGAAAAGUGCAACAAUUGUAGAAUAAUAACAGCUUGCCAACAGCUCCGGAUGCACACAUCAAACAAAUGUGAUAUAUAUUUACAUGUGACCAGCAAAGGUAUUGUCGAAGACUGUUCUGAAAUACGUACUGCUCCUUACAAUUUACAAUACGAUGAUUUAGAGAAGCAUUUUAAUAUGUCCUCAUUGGACAAAAGUUGUAACAACUGGGACCGUCUAGACGACUUUAACUGGUUAGCCCCCGAUAUACCUUCACCUAAUUGGUCAGUUUUAGAUGUAACACAAAGGGUUAAUAAUUGGAAUGAUUGGUGGUCUAAAAUACCUUUAUAAUACAGACAAUACAACCUCUAUGUAAACUCCAUUUGUUCUGAAAGAUUGUGAAUCAAUUAUUAUGAAUACAUUUGUAACUCUUGAAUUAGUUAGUCUCAUAAUAUUCCGACAUAGUCUUUAUAUUUGGGAGUGUGACAGUGCAUUUUACAAGUAUAUUUGAUUUGACUGUUAUCACUCUUAAUAAUAUAAAGUAUCAAAAUUCGUAAAUACUAUUGUUAUGGUAAUGUAACUCUGAAGUGACCUUGUAUUUUUUAUGCUUUCAUAUUAAUUAACUAUGACUAAUAAAAUAUGUUAACAUGCAACAUCUUGGUUCCUAGAUCAUUGUGUUUUCGACAUAUGUACCUAUAUUACGCAAGUGUUAAAAUUUCUAAUAAUAAUUUUGUAUAGGAUACUAUUUAGGUGCAUUUAAAAUCACUGCUAGUCAGGGUCUGGGGUCUCGCGCAGUGCCCAGGAAGAGCUUCGAAACUGUUAAAACCGGGGAACUUUUGAUCCGCCCGGGGCUUUGCAUUUUUUUGCUUUCACGUCCGCCCUCGCAUCCGUUGAGACCGCCACUGCUGCUAGUGUUAUAUAAUCUGUUAGUUAGGUAUAUUACCUACCUGCUUAUUUGUUUUAUAUAAGUAUUUCAAACAUGCUCUGAAAUAUAUUGCGUAUUUUAUUCUAUCACCAAUUUCAUUACCCGUUUGAACACUGCAUUUAUUGGAAGAUAUGUCAAAACACGAACAGAAAUGCAGAUAUUUAAAUUGCUUUUAUAGUAGGUACACGUAGUUAUAAAUGAGCCAUAUACUGAAUUUAUUAGUUAAAAACUCAAAUGCUUAGUUAAUACAUUAUUGUAGCAUUUAUUAAUUUGAUUUAAAUUAUUUACGAAAGAAAUAAAUAAUUGCACUUAUAAA